ACGAGCUGCCAUUUUGGUGUGCUGAAAACAGUAGCAUGUCAGGGACUCAUCGCUCAACAGACAAUGACGCUCUUGCGUUAUUGGCGCUCAAAUCCGCUCCGUCGAGUCCAUCUCGGGUGGUAUGGAGUCCAGAGAGCAAAGGAACCGCAAUUGCGCGGUUGGAAGGAAGAGAGUUCGAAUAUACGAUGCGACAGCCACGGAUUUCCAUAGGCCGAAAUAGCAGCAAGGGAGAGGUCGAUGUCAAUAUGGGCCUCUCAAGUUUUAUUUCACGAGUGCACUUAGAAGUUUUUUUCGAAUACCCAAAUUUCUUCAUGAAAUGUAUGGGUAAGAACGGAGUAUUUAUCGAUGGAGUUUUUCAAAGGAAAGGAGCACCUCCACUGCAGUUACCUAAAACGUGCGCACUUCGAUUUCCAAGCACUAACAUUCGCAUCCAGUUUCAGUCAUUGGUAGAGGAUGUUGCUCCACCAGCACCAGUUCCUAUAAUUCCCUCACCAAAGAAGAGAGUUCCCACAACUCUAAAAAUUCUUAUUCCAGAACCAGAUGCUGUAGCUAGCAGUCCCUGUAUUUCUCCAACAGGCACAAUAAGUGCUGCAAACUCCUGUCCAACAAGUCCUCGAGCAGGUACUCGGCUGUCAGUCGUUCCAGAUCUGCGAGCUGCAGCAGCAUAUGUUGCUGCACACCCAAGAGAAGAAAAAGAAACUCAACCUAGUGGAGAUGACUCCACCCCUAAAGAUGAUUCUAAGCCACCAUAUUCAUAUGCACAGCUUAUUGUUCAAGCUAUAACCUCAGCAGAUGAUAAACAGUUGACACUGAGUGGCAUAUAUGCAUAUAUCACAAAAAAUUAUCCAUACUACCGAACAGCAGACAAGGGUUGGCAGAAUUCGAUCAGGCACAACUUAUCCCUCAAUAGGUAUUUUGUCAAAGUUCCACGAUCUCAAGAAGAACCAGGAAAAGGAUCUUUCUGGAGAAUUGAUCCUACUUCUGAAUCCAAACUAACUGCUCAGGCCUUUAGAAGGCGCAGACAGCGAGGCGUGCCUUGCUUUCGCACACCUUUUGGUGGUCUUUCUUCCAGGUCUGCACCAUCUUCACCCAGUCAUAUGGCAGGUACAAUAACCCCAGACAGCAUGUCUCGAGAGGGUAGUCCCAUUCCUGAAGCUAGCUCUGAGAUGGAAGUAACUCAGACAAGCUUAGCUCCAACCCCAGUCAUUCCCACCUUGGCUGAGCUGAAGUAUUCCCAGUCAGCUCCUGGCUCUCCAGCUGGCUCCCGAACAAUGUCACCAGUGACAGUGAUGUCUGGUACUGUCCCAGGCGUAGCAAUGCAUCAGUUGCCCUCUGUAGUUGGACAGCCCAAGCAAUACAAUCAGAUUCUUGCCAAUGGCCCAGCUACUGCAAAGAUGGCCAAUGGCACUCACAUAGAAAUUAAAAAGGAGACACUUGAUGCUGCUCAGGGUGUGGUGUCCUUGAGCGGCGCCUCACAGAAGAUUGCCUCUCUGAUGGCCACUGCUAGCCAGAACCAGUUUACAUCCCAGACAGGUGCCCCAGCUCCAGGCACUAUGUUGGUGCGCAGCUUCAUGUCUCCUACAGGUCAACCCCAGUUUGCCUCUGACACCUCAGCCUCAACUACUACCAUUGCAGGAGUUGCCCUGGCUGCAGCGCCACCCCUGGCUUUAGUGACAGGACAGCAAGGAGUGCAGCUUCUCCAGCCUGUGAGCCUAGGCCAGUCAGUACUUGCACAGCAGGUGCCUUUGCAAAGUCAACAGCAUCAGCAUCAAGAAGGGCUUAGUCAUGCAUGGGCCACAGCUGAGCAUGGUGAUCUUAAGCCUCAGGCUCAUAUGCUAACUGUAGGUGGAGCUCAUACCAGUCUCAAGCGUGUGGCAGAGGGAGAUGGAGGAUCAGAGGGCAAGCGUUUGAAGGACGAAUCCUCUGCAGACAUGAAAACAGAAUCUGCUGAAUGAAAAUAUGUUUUGACAGAUGGUUUCUUCAUUUGUCAAGACCGGUGUGAUGGUUGCUGUAGGAGCGUUAUACGAAAACUCUGUUUACUGCACCCUCAUUUCAGGUAUUUGUGGAUAUCUGUAUUUUAAGCAUGAAAAAAACCCUGAAUCUUGGAUUUUUACCAAGUAUGAGAAUGUACUGUAAGUCUGGAUUGUAUCCUAAUGUGGUGUGACCAAGUUAAGUUGCCUUUGAAAGGGAAUGAUGAAGUGUUUCAAGGUUAGUUGGUGCAUGAUAGCAUCAGUUAUGCCUUUGAAAGAUUAAGGAUUAUGCAUUGUUCUUUGCUGUGUUCUUUAUGGAAGGCUCUGUGACAUUGAAGGUUCAGUUUGCUGAUAAAUACUUCAAACUGAAAGAGAACAUUAGACAACUUGUAUCUGAGGAAACUGGCCAGAUGUCUGAAACCCAAGGUUUGCAAGGUAAUUGUGUGGUUUUGUAUUCACUUUCAGCAGGUGAUGUUCAUCUGUAUUUUUAUAACAUCAUCAGAUCAAAUUCAGUUGUAGCAUCUUUCAGUCAAUAUUUGAAUGAUGUCUUUAGUCAAAGGCUGUGUUUUGUGUGUGUCCUUAAGUGCAGGUGUAUACAUGAAGUACGUGUGUGGGCAUGCAUGCUGGCAUGCGAAUAAGUGCUUACAUAGUGAAUAUGAGCAAAGGUACAGAAAGAAAAGUGUAUAUGUGCAGAAAGUAGUUUAGGCAGCAAACCUGGCGAUGACAAAAUUAUAGAAAUAUCAUGUUCACUUACCCAUAAUGUGUUUGAAUGAAGUGCAGUUUAUACGUGACAGGUGUGUCUGUAAGGGGAAAGAAUAGAGUCAAGUGUAUUCUCAAGAAGGUUUUUUUUUUAAUUGCCAGUGGUGCAUUUUCGUCCACCAGUUUUAUGUAACCCAGUUUUUGUACAGCAUCAAGAAUAUUCCCUACUGAAAUUUCAGGACCCGUUUGAUUGUCACAGUAAAUAAUCUGUUCCACUUUUUCUAACUGUCCAUUUUUAUUUGCUUAAUCUGUUUUUCAUUGUUGUUCUUUUAACAAAAUUCAUUUUGAUUUGUGGAUCAUGUGAUUUGGAUGUAGAAACUUCGCUCAACUCUGUUUCAGAAAUGUUAUUAAAUCAGAAAGAAUGUUUAUGAUGUCAUAGAGCACACAAUGAUACGUGAUUCACUGCUUGUCUCAUCACUGUAAUAGCCUAAGGCACAUCAUUAGGUUUGUAAGAUGAUAGUUUUCAUGAACUUUAAAUUCUGGACUUUGAUGAGUUAGAUAACCACAUGAUCGUGGUUAGUAAAGAGAAAAAUCUUGGGGACAGAGUUUCCUCUGUUUUUAUGUGUAAAGUGCUAACUUUUGCAUAUAUGCAGAAGACUGAUUAAUGUGUUUAAUCUAUGAGAUCAAGAAAUUUCUGGUUGGCAAUAUACUUUCAUAUUUUGACCUCAUUAGAUCAGAUAAUGCGAAAUUUUGACUAAUGUUACUAAAGCAUUUAAUGAAAAAUACAUACUUCUUACUUGAAUAAAGGGCCAGGUUAGACCUGUUUUCAAUUGGCUUUCAACUCCAGCACUGAAAAGGUGAGCAGUAAGUGUUCUGCAUUUGUAAAUUCUAUAUUAACAAGGAUUAAGAUCUUUUCAAUCGCAGUGAUUUUAUCAUUUUUGUUGCUGUACUUGUGUUUGAUAAGAGGAUGUGGGAGUGCAAGCAGAUUGAGUCACUGUAGCACAUAGUUGAUUUGUUUUCUUUUAUUGCUAACCUGGAAAGCUUGAGGGGGCAUCUGCUAUAAGUUACAUUUAGUUUAUUUAGGUAAGGUAGGUCCACACAAAAGACAUUGAUUAAUUUAUAUACAUUUGUUAUUUUGUUUUAUAUUGUCUUAAGUCUGACAACUUUUUUGGAGGGUUUGUCUUAGGAAACAUGAGAAGUAUUACAUCUGCACAAAGAAGAAAAGUUUUUUUUUUUGUUUCUGUUUUUUUUGUUUUUUUUUUGUUAAGGAAUUUAUACCUGCUUUUGGCAGACUAAACUGAGGUACAUGUGCAUGUCCAAAUGUUGAACACUAUUAAGCAUACAGUUUACCUGUUAAAAUUAUUUUUAAAAAUGUUCAUUCUUUAUAUGGUGUAAUAAAGUAGAAUUGCAGAUGCUUGUAUUAUAAAAGUUUGUUUUUCUGCUCUUAAUUUCAAUGAUGUCAUAGGUUUUUUGCUAUUGACAGACAAGCUAAAUUAGAAAAAAUGAACACAACAGAAUGAAGGGUUGGAAUUUAAUUGAAUAAUGUAUGUAGAUUUCCACUGUAAAUAUAUGAUAAGUGAAAUGUGUAAUGUGAAGUCAUAUCUAUGUUGGCUUUGCUUUAUUUAAACAAAUACAAAAUAUAUAUGGAACUAUUUGAUUGUUUCCUGUUUAAAAGGAGAACUAUUUAGUUCAAGUACUAUUUUCAAAGCCUCUCAAAACUAUUCAAAUCUUGGGUUAAUACUUUUCUGGGUAAUAGCUAAGGUAUUUUGGGGGAAAGGCAUUUUUAAGUUGACGGUGAGGUGUGCUGUCUUCUAUGUUUACAAACAUUUCAAGUGCAAGUGGGAGAACUUAAGAUUUUAUUUUUAAUGGCUGCAAAGAUCCUUAAACUUUUAUUCAGCAGCCAGCAACCCCCAUCUGUUCCCUUGGUAUUUAUUGUAGUAUGCACAUGAAACUUAAAAUCCUGAAGUAAACAUUUGUAAUAUGCCCCGAAACAUGACCCAUUCCCAAAGUCAUUGAUUUGUGAAGUAGCACAAUGUGUCUUGUAUCAUCCUAUUGUUUGUGUCUGCAUUAGUGCUUUAAAGACAUUUAAUCAUUACAGAAGGGGCCUUUUACCAAAUAAAUGCAGCAGUGUUUAUGUUCACUUGGUAGCCAAGGCAAGGUGUAUUUGCAAGAGUGAAACGUAGAAACAUAGUUAAUAUUUAUCUGGCUGUAAUUGCUCCCCCAAAGAAAUCACUGACAAAUGGUUAAGACAGCGCUGUCAUUUUGCAGCUCUGUUUCUCCUGUUGAGCAAGGUUUUUUAUUUCCCUAAAAUCUGCAUCUGUUGUACAAUGACCAGAGAUCCAUUUAGAGUUUCAAGUGUACCUGAUCUGCUUUCUAGUUUUCAUUUACUAAUCAUGAACAAAAAUAUCAGAUAGUUCUUUAGGCUGUGCACUUACUGCUCCCUUUCUCUUGUAGAAUAAAGGUCAUUAUAGCUUAAGUAGAUAGGUAUGCAAGGAAAGAAUUUAAGGUGUUUGGGAAAGAAUGCUUAGAUAUUGUUUUUCACAAUUGACAACCCUUGAUCCAUGUGUAAUCAGGAAAGGGUGAAUCUCAUCAUUUCCAAAAAUGCCACUGUAUAGAGACUUUGUAUCUGCUUUGAUGGGAAUCAUGCCAUUGUUUUGCCUGAUUUUGUGAGAACUAUGUUUUUUCUGUUCGUAUGAAAUUAGCUGCAUUUAAACAUUUGAUGAUCAUUGUUGUAGUUAUCAACAUAUCUCGCAUUUCUCUUGUAAACAGUGUAUGUCUAUCUCUUGAAAGUUUGACAUGCUGGUUUUUUUUUUUGGUUUUUUUUUAAUCUAAUUCUUCUUCCACCUAUAUAGCAGAAGAUUGUUGUAUUUUCUGUUUCUUAGUUAGAAAUCUGUCCAAUAUCUUACCUUGGCUGUCAGUUAUGUUUAUACAACAAUAUAUACAAUUUCUCAGAAAUACACAGUGCAGGUGAAGACGAGGAUCUCUUAAAUUCACACUGCAGCACAUUUUAAGGUUUCACAUUCUAUUGAUGGCAUCUGUUUACAGGGCUGGACACUUUAUGGUGAUAUAUAGUCUUAGUUGCUGGCUCUGUGUAAAACACUAAUUUCCUCCCCACCCCUCUCACAUUCUAUUGAGGAAAGAUGUGUAAACGGCCUUAAGCAAAGUUCCACAUUAAAAAUAAGAUUUAUUGCAUUAUAUAAAGAGUUGUUGGCUUGUGUUUCAGCUGUAUAGAAAAACAAACUACAUAGUUUAAAAUUUGUGGGAUAAUUCAUCACCAAAACCAUUGUUACUUAAUAAGUCUUUAAGGGAAAUAGCCUUAGGCUGCCUUACUCUCAUGGGCUUAGCUCUCGUCUCAGGCAUUUUGUUCUUUUUCUGCAUGUGGCAUCAGUGAUAUAGCCUUAGUUGCUGGCUUGGUGUAAUACACCAUUGCUUCCCACCUCCCCAUCUGGCUGCCUUAAGGUCUGUUCCACAAGGAGUAGGGAUUGCAUAAAUAAUAAAAACAGUAUUUUGCGGUGCUUCUUUUUGUGCCUUUAGCUAAGGCAUUGGGAAGUUUUCAGUUCGGUGUGUUCAGUUGCAAGCUAUGCUGUAAAGACAAUUCUUCCUUUAAAAACCUCAACAAAAAAUGUGGAGGCUGUGGCAAAAGAAGGAAGUGAAAAACCACCUCAGAAUUUAACAAACCUGAAAAUAAGGUACAUGCUGUUUAAAAAAAAAUUAUUUAAUCUAUCAUCAUAAUUUUGAACAGCUUUAAAGUGAUCAUUUAAUUUUUACAUUAAAAUAUGCAUUUAAAGAUAAGUUUUGUGGUAAGUUGCUUAAAAAUAUAUACUCCUUUUUAUCUUUGUGCAUUGUAAACUACUUGGAGACUCAUUGUAACAUUCCAGGAGUCAUAAGUUUUUGUGAUUUUCUUUCUGCAAACUUCAAAUAUAAAACAUUUGGGUCUGUAUCAUGCCAAAUUGUCAAAAGUAACUUGGGUUGUAUAGAGCUGCCUAAAGAUAUGAUUAUAAUGGCAUACUGUAGCAGCAGAUGUAAAGGUACAGAUUACUCAUGCAGUAAAUUCUUGUACCAACAGUUUAAACUUUAGGCUACUAGUUGCAAAUUCUCUUGCACGAAUCCCCUCAUACCCUUACAUUGUUGCAUUAAAUGAUGUCUGGGUAAAUCAAGGAUGAUUGUGUGAGAUAUAUCUAUAAAUACCUUUUUUUUUUUUUUUUUUUUUUUGUAAAUUUCAUUUCUACAUCUUUGUGAACAUUUUGUUCGCUUUAUGAUAUAAUAAAAAGGGGCAAGAGGAAAAAUGGAAAGCUUCGAAUAUGAAAUUAAUGUUAACACCUGCUGAUGUACAUUGACUUUCAUAAAUGCAGUUUUGUAUAUUUAUACUAUGGUCAUUAUCAACCUCGGGUUGGUCCGAUAGCGCAACGAAUAGCGCCUGUCACUAGUACAGUGAGGAUUGGCUGUCAUGGGUUGAGAUCUCGUCUCGAGCGUGGGCAUUUGUUUACAGGGCUGACUGCUUUGCCGUUAUAUAGCCUUAAUUACUGGCUCGGCGUAAAACGCCUCCCCCUUCCUCAUUAUAAAGUUUAUACAUUACACAUUACAAACUGAAAAAAACAUGCUGGAGGAGCAUUGUAGACGGAGAAAGGUGAUGAUGCACACGUUUUGCUAUUUUGAUUUUUAAGAUUUUUUGUGUAAAAGUUUUUUUCAAAACAAAAAACGUAGAACCAGCUAGAUUAUUUCAUGCGGAUGCCAAGCAAUUGUUUGACAUGAUGCUUCUUUUUUUUCUGCUUUUCUCAGAAUGAGUUCCAGCAUAAUUGUAGAGCAUAGCCCUUAUGCAUCCUCCUUCCCUGGGUCAUCUCAUGACCUCGGUAGCUUGGCAUACAAUGCCAACCGCCCUUAUCCAUUCAACCAUAGAAAGUUUCGGUGAUUAAAAGUUCGGCAUGCACAUCUAAACAGAUUUUCAAGAAAGAUAGAAUGGAAAGGAUGUCUUUAUCAUUAAAUGUGCUUAUAUGCCCUUUAUCACAUUUGAUGGGGACAACAUCACAAAAAUAAAUCACACGGCAUAGAGGUGGGGGCAAGACAUGCUACUUGAUGUCCAAAGCAUGGAUGUGUAUAGGUGGGCUGCUGUCUGUCUGCCAAGACCAACGCUUAGCCUUUUGCAAAGUUCUCCCUUGCUUGUCUCGGCGAACAGUAACAAUGAAUGUGAUUAAACCGGAAGCUUUGUAUACUCCUGCCUCAUUUUAGUAGUAAACUGGAAAAAAAUCGUCUGCCAGCAGUCCAGUAAUACAAGUUCUUGGUCCAAAGUACUAUUGCUUUAUUCGACCUGAAGUUUCAAGUAGCGGUCUUCAUAUUAAUCUGAGCAAGCUUGGAACCAAGUACAGUAUAAAGCUUGAAGGAAUCGAACAACUAAAUGCUGGAGGUGGAGGGGCAAAUCAAACACUAGGCUGGGUACUUGACUGCAAAAUUUUAAAAAUUGUGAUGUGACUGAAGGUUUUUUUUUUUAAGUAUUGGCAUAAUAUUUAUCAGUCUCAGCUGACAACAUUUUUCGUUGAAAAUGCAUGUGAUAAAAGGAGUCGCAUGGAAUGUGAAAAUAAUGCCUUGCUAAAUAUGCCAAAUUUGAAUUCAUCAAUUUUGCGUCUACUUAAGUUUUAAGUUUGCCUCUUAUUUCCGGUCUUCCACCACUUUCCCAGAUCAGCCAGCCUCGACAUCUCUUGUUGCCUCAGGAUAAUUCUUAGUCGAAUUUGUUUACUUAACUGAGAAACUGAUGAGAGUGUGAAUUGAUUACAGUUAAAAAGAAAACGAAACUUGUCAUUUUAAGUCCUGGAAUGGCAGUGAAUCCACUGCAACAAAAAGGGUGUGUUAGAGAAAUGUUAACUGUCAAUAAUUAAACCGUUUUGCACUUAAUGAGGUAUGAGUGGGGGGAGGGGGGAGGCGAGAUGUGCCAACAGAAAAUGUUCUGAAUAAUAUUGGUUUGAGAGUUGGGGGGGGGGUUUGAAGGUGUUUUGUGAGUGAAUAUGAACGGUUUUAAAAGCCAUUAUUAGACAAAUCGCUUUAUUUUCGCGAGUGUUAACUGUGCACACGUGAAAUUUUCCAUUCAUGCAUGCACACACGUCAGUGUUGCCUUUAGUGAUGUUUCUAUACGCUUCUCUAAUAGUCACCAGUGCCAUCUUGUGGCAGCCGUACACUUUUGAAGAGUUUGUUGGUAUGCGGUGAACGUGUGAAGUACAAUUGAACACGGAAUAGUUCGUAAUCGGGAGUAAACAUUCAUGUGUAUAGUAGACACCGUUUUAAGGCAUUUUCAUUGCUGUUGUUAGUGUGCUUUGUUAAAAUGACACUUAUGUCCAUGAAUGUUUGCUUGUAUAAAAGAAUAAACAUUUGGGUUUCAUAACUUGA